CUCUGGUCGACAUUUCUUCUUCUGUACAUUAUUACACUCUUUUUCAUAUUUUACCUUCUUGUUGGAUCAGGUGGAAAUAAUAUCGUUUGGAAGGCCAGUUUUGUUAGUAAUCAGCUGGUCUGAAUUAUGAAAACCAUUUGAGAUGAAAAGCAGCACUUUUGGGGAUCAUAUUGUGCUUGUGCGCGGCUCCUGCCUGACAUUGCGCCUCAACAGCCUGUUGUCUGUGUCCGAAGAGAAACGCACAACUUCAACGGGAGCCGGUGUGAGAGCUGGAGCGGGAGCGAGGGCUGCAGCUGGUCUCAGUGGCACACUAGGGCCAAAGGCGGGGGGCCAACAGUGGCACGGACGGAGCGGCCCCGCUGGUGGGCUGUUGCGAGGUUGGACGUGGGAUCCGGUGCAGCUGUGGAGCGGAGAUGACGAGUUCGACCGGGAUUAUGAUGGUGAUGGAUGGCCCGACAGCACGAGCAAGCACCGGGGUCUCGCCUCCUCUGUGCCUCCUACUGUGCGCUCUCCUUUUCCUCCACCCGUGCGCUCACUCUCACCCACAACCAUGCCAGGUGCUGAAGCGGAUCGGCCAAACAGUUCGGGUGGGAGCUCUGCACGUUCAGCCCCGCAUGAUGUCCACAGCUCCUGGCAGCGGUUCUGAAGACGCCGAGGGAGCUUUAGCGAGAGAUCAGCAGCUGGAGUUAGGAAAGCCGGUUAAAACAGGUGCCGGUGCGCCUGGAAAUGGAAACCUCAAGGCUAGAGCUGCCGCAAACAAUCAGAGAGGCACAAGUAAGAGUAAAAGCCAGGCAAGACAGCGGGACGGGAAUCCCUUGAAGGAGGAUGGCGUGUUCUCACCCCGGGAGUCGGUCCUGCUAGCGGCUGAGGCUUUGAACCGGGCCGGAUUGCUACCUUACAAUUUAUCCCUGGAGAUUGUCAUGGCAGUCGGAUCGGCGCUGGGCGAGCUGCCAGCCUUCUCAUACUCCUCCACUGGCAUUCCCGAGGACGAAGACCCGCUGUCUUUCCUGGAGAGUGUGUGUCACACGGUGGUCGUGCAGGGGGUCUCCGCUGUGGUCGCCUUCCCGCGGAACCGGGACGAGCUCGUUAAGUUGGAAUUUGUUUCGCUGGCGCUCCAGGUGCCAGUUGUCAGUGUCGUGCAGAGGGAGUUUCCGCGCCACAGUGAGAAUCGUCUUCAUUUUCAAAUGGCAAUGCAGACUGUAGCAGCCCCCCCAUCCCAGGUCCUCUACUAUCUCCUGAUGAUGAAUGGUUGGUGGGAUAUCAGCAUUGUCCUCUGCCAGGACUGGAACAUCAAGGACUUCCUCCUCCUCAUCAAGAACAACACCCGCUUCCACCUGGGCACUCUGGUCAACCUGACAAAAACAACAUUGUCGCCACUUUCAUCUUCACUUUCAUCCUCAGCAGAGGCAACAAGUGCCCCUGUGGGAGUGGAUGUGCUACCCUUAUCAUAUUUAUCACCAACUGCAUUGUCUUAUUCAUCAAAUUCUUAUGCUAAACCAGAUCAGCAGCAAGGUCUUAUGAGGCACCUAGAGGCCUUGAGGGAACAUUCAUCCACACGAGGAGUGGUGACGUUCGGGUGCGACAUCCGGGAUGUGCGUCAAUUAUGGACACUGGCAACUCGGAUGACACUCCCGGAGUUUCACUGGGUAUUAGGGGACAGCCAAAAUGUGGCUGAGCUUAGAACAAAUGGGUUACCACUUGGGCUUCUUGCACAUGGCAUGAUGGGAUCCCCUUCUUUGGAUCAUUAUGUUCAGGAUUCACUGGAGUUUGUAACACGAGCAGUGGGCAGUGCAGCCCAGGAGAAUCCUGCCAUGGCCCUUAUACCUGGAACUACAAACUGUAUGGAUACACAACAGAGUAAUGGCAGCUCAGGGGAAUUCUUGACAAGAUUUCUGGCCAACACAUCAUUUGAGGGCCAGAGUGGUUUUAUAUCCAAAGAAAGCCAAAGUCAGAAUAUCAUCUCAGAGGCCCAUCACUACAUCUGGUCUCUCCAGCUGGACCCUCUUGGCCAGCCAACCUGGACCCGCCUGGGACGUUGGCGCAGAGGGAGAGUUCUGAUGGACCAGGGGGCCUGGCCAAGUCAUCAAGGGUCUGGCAUUGGAGGAGACUGGCAUCGGUCUGCGCGAUUGCACAUGCGAGUGGUGACGCUGGUGGAGCACCCUUUUGUAUUUACCCGUGAGGUAGAUGGGGAUGGGAUGUGUCCAGCGGGCCAGCUGUGUUUGGACCCGCUUACCAAUGAAACCUCUGUUUUGAAAGGGCUUUUCCAGAAACUUUCAGGGCAUAAUGGAUCUGUUCCUACAGAACUAAAGAAAUGUUGCUAUGGUUACUGCAUUGACCUGCUGGAAAAGCUAGCGGAGGAUAUUGGCUUUACUUUUGACCUGUAUAUUGUUGGUGACGGGAAGUAUGGAGGUUACAAGAAUGGUCGUUGGACAGGAUUGGUGGGUGAUCUACUAAGUGGUGCUGCCCACCUGGCAGUGACAUCAUUCAGCAUUAAUUCAGCCAGAAGUCAAGUCAUUGACUUUACCUCACCCUUCUUCUCCACCAGCCUGGGUAUUCUGGUUCGUACCCGUGACACAGCUGCACCCAUUGGUGCCUUCAUGUGGCCUCUCCAUUGGUCCAUGUGGCUCGGCAUCUUUGUCUCACUCCACGUCACCGCUGUCUUCCUCACCCUGUACGAGUGGCACAGCCCCUUUGGGAUGACACCUCGAGGACGCAAUCGCAACCGUGUCUUCUCUUUCUCCUCGGCCCUUAAUGUGUGCUACGCUAUUCUCUUCGGACGUACUGUAGCCAUCAAGCCCCCAAAGUGUUGGACUGGUCGCCUCCUGAUGAAUCUUUGGGCAAUCUUUUGUCUUUUCUGUCUGUCCACCUACACUGCUAACUUGGCUGCCGUCAUGGUUGGAGAGAAAACCUAUGAGCAGCUGUCAGGGAUACAUGAUCCGAAGUUGCACCAUCCCUCUCAGGGAUUCCGCUUUGCUACAGUGAGAGAAAGCAGUGCAGAGGACUACGUCAAAAAGAGUUUCCCUGAGAUGCAUGAGUACAUGAGAAGAUACAAUGUUCCAGCAACACCAGAUGGCAUACAACAUCUAAAGGCUGACCCUCAGAAACUGGAUGCAUUCAUCAUGGACAAAGCCCUUUUGGACUAUGAGGUUUCCAUAGAUGCUGACUGUAAAACACUCACAGUGGGGAAACCUUUUGCCAUAGAAGGCUACGGCAUUGGCCUCCCUCAGAACUCUCCACUCACCUCCAACUUCUCAGAGCUUGUUAGUCAGUACAAAUCCGAUGGCUUCAUGGACAUGCUGCAUGACAAAUGGUAUAAGGUGGUGCCCUGCGGAAAGCGCAGCUUUGCUGUGACCGAGACACUGCAGAUGGGUAUAAAGCAUUUCUCUGGUCUGUUUGUGAUGCUGUGUGUAGGCGUGGCCUUAUCUCUUCUGACCACGAUAGCGGAACACAUUGUGUACAAGCUAGUGAUCCCGAGGGUCAAGGAGCCGCGCUCCAAAUACUGGCUGCACACUAGUCAGAGAUUACACAGAGCCCUCAAUUCAGUCUUCAUUGAUGACAAACUACCAACUGUUACCAAGCCUGAAAAAAGGUGCAACGAAGGAAACAACCAGUCAGCAUCUUGGAAUCCUGCAGAAUCCUCCCACUGCAACAGGCGAAGGUUUCUUCCACAAGAUAUUCAGAAUGACCUGGAACAACAGUCCUCGCAGGAUCUUCCACUUCCACCACCCCCUUCUCCCCUCCCUCAUCCCCAUACUCUUCCCUUGCUGGAAAAACACAUGCCCAUAGUGAUCACCUCAAAUGGUCGCUCUGACCUGUUAGUGCGUGUGUUGGGCCAAGGACAAGAAGGAUCUGGACAGCCCACAACGCAAUGUUGCAGUUUAGGAGUGGGUGACUGUGGUCUGGGCCAAGUUGUUCGAAACCCACUGUUGCAGGAAUUGUCAGAACUUGAGGGCCAAAUCACUGAAAUCAAGCAGCAGCUACAGUCAGCAAUGAGAAGGAAGAGAGAGCUUGAACGGUACCAGUCAGAAAACCAGCAAACAAACCAGACUUCACAGAGUCUGCCCUCAACACACCAAUCAAACCAGUUUUGUCAGUAUACCCAGUCCUGCCAGCAGACUAACCAACACACAAAUACACCCCCAGACUUGUGAAACCUGCCUUUCCUUAUUUUGUCAAGAGAAUCAUUAAUAAACCUAGGAACAGGACUCCCAAUACCUUUUGGAUAAGGGACCGGACCUAGGUUCUGGAAAUGAAACAUAAGUUCUGGUACCAAGGUCCUCAUUUAGGCACAGGAGUUCCUCUAAAUGUUGACCUGAAAUCUUCACUGUGGAUCAGAUUCUGCUCUGGGACUUCAGCUGGGACAUUUUCUGACCUCUGGAAGGUGAGAAUUGAUUAGAGAAGAAUCAGUGGUCAGGGGUGAAAGAGGGAUACUGAACCCCACUAGUAUGUUGUGUCAGUCAGGAGCAGUGCUUUCUCUGUACUCUCAGCCUCCAUUUAAUUCUUCUUAGCUUCUUUUCUUCCACUUGCCUUUUAUGCUGAAUACAUCCUUUUGUCCCUGAAAUAUCUUACCUGAGAUAAACCCAAUUUCUUCAAAAGUAUAAUUAGCGAUAAGCUUGAUCACUGGUAUGAUGACUCCAAGGUUUGAGCUUAAUAAACUAUUUCAGAGUUUGUUGAGGGUAUUUGAGGAAAUUAUAACCUGUAGAUGAACCCAGCCAGAUUAGUCUUUAUGAUCUUGUGACUUGCACCAACCUUAUAUCUUUUCGGCAUACAUCCCAUUAGGAACUGCUAGACAUUACCUCCAAUGGCUUAAUGUCGCAGAUCUCUGGCAGUGUGAUUAUUGUGGCAAAGUAGUUUUCUUGAAGAAUUCUUUUGAACGUUGAGAGUGGCAAGAUACUGUAUGAAGCAUUUGCAAGACACUGGUUGGCACCUAGCAGUGGAUUCUAUAACAAUUCACAUCAAUAAUUAUGAAUCACUGUAUAAAGUUGGUCCUGUACUUCACAGAUGCACUCCUGGUUUACUGAAGUCAUUAUUCAACAUGUCACAGCCGAAAUUGUGGUCUGUUGUUAUCUUAUUGUGGGCUCAAAAUAGACGUUGAAACUAUUUUGCCUUGGAGCAUUCUGGUGCUCUUGUACUACUGGUGCCAAAUGCUGAGUACUACUCAGUCCUUGGUGCCAACCCAUUACAAAAAAAAAAAAAAAGGGGUAAAAUGUUAACCACUGCUCCGGUUCUGACACAUUACUUAAUCCAAAGAACAUUUACAACUGAACACAGCAGAACAGUUCCCUUGUGAUUAUUUUUUUGCAACUCUUUUGUUUUGGGUUGGACACAAUUCUUUAUUAAAAAGUAACUCUCUUCUUUGCA